CAAGAAGCUCAUGUCGGCCGCGGCGUGGGCUGCGGGCUCGGCGGUCGCGAGGCCUUGGCGGGGACGGCGGCGGAGGUGGCGGCGGCCAGGAAAAGAAGAGGAAAAGAGAAAGGAGAGGAGGAGGAGGAGGGGGGCGCCGGCUAGUCGGCCGCAGCAACUUGUUCGGCUUCGCUACUUCCAGCGGCAGGCAGAGGGGGCGGAAGUGGGAAGCGCGCGGCCUGAAUCACUCAAUUGGGAGGAGAAGGAAAAGGAGGCGGGGAAAAUGCCGCUCGCCCGAGCUGGGAGAACAGCCGCGCCGCGGCCGCGGUGCUGCAACCCUCGCCGCCUCCUCUUCAGGCCCCUGGGCCUCCACCACGCGAACUCUCGCGAGAGCGAAGCGCACCCACUCCGCCCCUCCGGCUGCGGCCCCCGGGUCCCUCACGUUCUGGACACCUUUGCAGCCCCGGACUACACCCCGCGAGUCCGCUGGGGCCACCAGGCCCAUCGAGGCCUGUCCACCGGGUUGGUGGGUUGUGGCAGAGCCCGCCGAGUUGCUUCUCAGCGAUCGGGAAAGAAGUGGGCUUCAGCUCCGGGAUGUCAGGGCUCUGCGGUGAGGCAUGGAAUUGCCACAGGAAUUCUGCCCACUGUCAGUCAGUGCCGGGCAAAGCAUGAUGAAAGGAUCUGGUCCCAGAGAGUCGAAACAUUUGUUUUUCCUCAAAAGAAAUAUUCCGGCCCUCCCAAAAUAUCACUGUCCUUCAGGCCUAUACAGCAUCAAGGCAACCGGCAAAUAUCUACAGAAAAUACCAAGGUUUACAACUAUGCUCUAAGUUCUCUAUCAAAGCUAAGAGUAUUCAAACAACUUAGAAGGGGCUGAGCUAGAACACACUGGCUUCAGAAUAUCCUUUCACAGCAGGUGGAAAACUUGUCAAAAUCCAAAGUACAGCGGAAUUACCAAAUUUAAAAAUGAAGCACAGCAGGGACCAUUUCUGGAAGGAUACACAAGAAACUGGUAAAGGUAUCUUUCUUUGGGAACUGGGUGACUUGAGGACAGUGGUUAAAAGCAAACCUUCCUCUAUGUGUGCUGUGUAUGUGCGUGCGCAUGUGUGUAUAUAGUUUCACAUGGCUUGACUUUUUAAAAAAACACUAUGUUCAUGUAUUUUAAAGAGAUAGUUAUAAAUAAUGUUGCUUAUUAAAUAAAGACUUCUUGGUUA